AAUUAUUAUUUGGUUAUAAAUCCAUAUCCACUUGUCCAUUACCUUCUCCAACGAACAACAACGAUCUCCUUCAAACAUUCCAAACAAACAUAAACAAUGGAAGCUACAAUUAUCUCUUCGUCGGCUUUGAUAUCACCACUCAGGUUCCAUCCGUUUUCCACGAACAAAAUGAUGAUUAAGAAGAAGAAGAAGAAGAUGAGCGUUUCUGCGGCUGCGUCUUCAGGAAAGGACCAUUACUACGGAGGAGGGAGACUGGUGGACGAGAACAUGAUCGUUCUGAGGAAACGCAUCCACGAGAUGAAGAUGGUUGAGAGAAACUACGAGCCUCCUUCUCACUGGAUGGAUUGGGAGAAGCGUUUCUACAGCAGCUACGACUCUGUCAUCUGCGAAUCCGUUGGUCUUCUCCAGAGCUUCCUCAUGAAUUCUCGGCCCACAGUUGCAAUCGCAACGCUGCUUCUCCUCAUCGUUAGUGUUCCCGUUUCCUCCUCUGUUUUAGCCUUUCGCCUUCUUGACCUCCUCCAGUGGGUUCUCGCCGCCGCAACUUCCGGUCACGUGGGCUGAUCUGCUCGGCCCAUUUCACUUUUUUCCCCUUUUACUUGCACACAAACUCUUUUUUUUUAUUGGUUAUGUAUACUGUAAACACACAUAAUAUUCUUUUUAUUAUUUAUCUGAUUCUUUUACUUUAGCUUAAGAUAUAGUCCCUCUCCCUCUGUUCUGAAAUAUAAGAUGUUUAGAAUAAUUUUUAUGUUCCAAUAUAUAAGAUGUUCUCAUC